CCCACUCUUCUCUUUUCUCUCUAUUCAGCUGCUUAGCUCUGUAUUCAUCAAUGGCGGCGGCAACAUUUUCAUCUCUCCACCACAAAAUCUCUGUAUCUAACUCUAUAAACAAAGCUUUUCACCCUCAAUCCUCUCCAAAUCUCAUCAAACUCCCCUCAAAAACCCCAAGGCCCUCAUCUUUCAACUCCAUUUCUCCCAAACCAACACUCUCGCCUCUCUCCACGCGCCCACGCGCCGCUGCUGAUGACGUUGCCGCGCCAGCCACAGCUUUUCACGGCGUCUGUUACGUCGUCGGCGACAACAUCGACACCGACCAAAUCAUCCCCGCCGAAUACCUAACCCUAGUCCCCUCAAACCCCGAGGAAUACAAAAAGCUCGGAUCUUUCGCGCUAAUCGGACUCCCUGCGGCGGAAUACCCGACCCGGUUCAUGACCGGGGGCGAGUUCACCUCGAAAUACUCGAUUUUAAUUGCUGGCGAUAAUUUCGGGUGCGGAUCGUCGCGUGAGCACGCGCCGGUGGCGUUGGGAGCUGCGGGAGUGAAGGCGGUGGUGGCGGAGUCGUAUGCGAGGAUAUUUUUUAGGAACUCGGUGUCGACCGGAGAGGUUUAUCCGUUGGAAUCGGAGAAAAGGUUAUGUGAGGAGUGUAAGACGGGGGAUGUGAUCACGAUUGAACUCGGUGACAGCUUGUUGAUUAAUCAUACGAGUGGGAAAGAGUAUAAGCUGAAACCAGUUGGGGAUGUUGGACCGGUAAUUGAAGCCGGUGGGAUCUUUGCUUAUGCACGAAAAGCUGGAAUGAUUCCUUCCCGGGCUGUUUAAAAUGUUGGUAUCCGUAAUUCGUAGUUUCUUUAAUUGGUUUCGCCAUCUCCUGCAUGUUUAGAAAGGGGUUCAGCUUCUUAGCACUAUCACGCUGUCCCGGAUACAAUUAUCUCAUCGACUACAAUUAUCUCAUUGAAAUGCUGAUUCUUGUGAUCGCUAGUUUAGCAAUUGAAAUAUGUAAUUUCCUUAAAUGAUACAUUAAAACUUAGAACUAUUGUGGCACUGUGCGGGUCAAUACUAUAUUAAGCUAUUGUAAUGUCAAACUUAUGAAGACAUGUUUGUUUUUGAA